UGGUUUAAAAAUUCACAUAUUUUUUUGCGUGUAUCGAAAAGCUCUAGGCAUGCGAAAUGAGAUAUGAUAUUCUGGCUCUGAGGCUAUUUGUUUAAGAUAUAAAAAUACGAGUACAUAUGUAUGUAUGUGAACUACAAGUAAGCGCCAAGCUCGGCUAGACCGAUCAGUUGUGAUUUGAGCGUGGCUUGUAUGAGAGCACUACAAUAAGGCUUAAAGCAGUUUUUGUUAAAUAAAAGCCAUUAGACACGCGUAUUCAUUUAAUGAACAUUGUAUACAAACGUUAUAUGUAAACAUCAAUGUUGAGCUCACAAGAAUACAUAUAUACAUAGGUGUUAAACAAAGCUCCAAUCGCUAUCUGAAGUUUUAAUUUAUUAAAAAUGCCGCAGCAGUGAAUAAUUAAAGUGAAACGUUCUGAGUUCACGAUUUAACAAUUUCUUAAAACAAGUGAUGUUUGUGAUUGUAUAAGCCUGCUAAUCCAUUAAUACCCCUGACCAACAUAGGUAUUUUUUGCUUAUAAUUAGUUAUGCAUUAAUCCGAGAGUUUUGACGAAAAAUCAAUCUAGAUGUAGACCAAAACUCCUUUGAAUAUCAUUUAUGUAUAUAGUUAAGUGGAAUAAAAGUCUAAUACAGAACAAAACUGUACUCACAUAUACAAUAAUUUAAUAAGACUUAAUUGAUGCCACAAAAAUGAAUUGAAUAAAAAAAUACGUAUGUGUAUGUAUACAUACACAGUGGCUGAAUUAAAAAUGAAGAAAACAAUUAACGCGCUGCUCUGGUAACCACCGAAAACUUCAAGAUUUCGAAUAAAAUUCACUCUUUGUAUCCCCUUUAUAAAUAUAAUCGUAUGAAUAUGGGUAUAUGUAUGUAUGUACAUAUGUGAAUAAGGUCAUAUCUAUGAAUGCAUGCACCAAAAAAUAUUAAAACUGUGGACGCUGCGUGCUCUGUUUAUAUGUAUACAAAAUAAACAUUAUAAAAAACAAAACCCUGGGAGCAGAGGGAAAAACAUCAAUACAUAGAUCAUGACGCAAAAGCAAUUAAAAAUGAGUACUGCAGCGAGAGUGGCGGCGACGCGACCGCAUAAUACUCGGCAAACAAGCUGCAAACGUGCAAAUAUAAUAUUCACCGGUGUUUCAUUGGCAUCAAUAAUGAAUUCAUUUUACUGGCUGUUGUUGCUGGUGUUGGUGGUUAAAUGUGAUAUGUACAAAUCAAAUGAAUAUCCAGUGACAAGCAAAUCUGUAGCAGUAAUUGACAGUAGAGAAAUUAGUGGCAAAGUCACAAUUGAUACCCCAAAUCUACUCAACUUAUCCACAGACGGGAAAAGGAAUUCUACACCUGGAAAUAGCAAUAAAGAAAACGAAGGCUUUUUUGGUACAAAUGUUACCGAAAAUGCGACAAUCGAAAAUAUAACUGAAGAAUGCAUGACGCACUGCAAUCUCGAAGCAGCUGACUUCUUAAAUGAAUAUGGGUUGGCUUGCGGCAAGGAGAACGAUCACCCCGCAUGCUUCAAGUCGAGAUGCAUAAAAGGAUGUGGACAAUGGAGGGAAGCAUUAGCAAACUCUGAAACUUGUCAGAAAAUAUGUGUUUCAACACAAUUACAUAAUACUGAUUUGCCGUGCACAUUUGCAUGCGAGUUGAGCCAAAAUUUAUACUGGGACCACCAAAAACAAAUUGUGGAAUCAACCAUACAACUGAAAAAGCCCUUUAUAAAAAUAUCUAAUAACUCAGAUACACUAAUGUUGCAUUGGAACAUUGUAUUGCCCAAAUAUUUCUUCGCAAACUAUCAGUUGAGCGUUCACAUACAAUUUCAACAUGUUGUGGGGAAUAUAUCCGAGCCACAACUUUGGAGAAACUUGGUGAAUUACGACUGUAACCAAUAUUUUGCCUGCGAACUGUUUGAUGAGUUCAUUCCCUUUACUGUCUAUAAGUUUCGAUUCAAACUGGAAUUAGGUGAACUGGCUAAUCAAGUUGUGUAUUCGCGCCCUACGGAAACGUUUACAACUCCAGCUAAAGGUGUUCCACUUUCAAAACCAGUAUUCAAAGAAGCCAUGUCCUUGGAUCAUAAUCAUAUCAGCGUCUUUUGGGAACCAGGAGUAUUUACUUGUGGCCCAUUAAAAGGCUAUAUUUUAUCUUUGGAUAGCGCUAAUUCGUCGCACAUGCAGACUUUGUCGUCCGAUAAACGAAACUUUGUGUUUUCCCAUUUGUUGCCUUCUACGAAUUACACACUAAAACUAUCCAUGUUUAAUACAGAGGGAGAAGGCCGUUCUGCUGAAACAUUUGUCAAAACGAAAGAUGCGCCUAUAUAUGGAAAUUCUUAUAAUAUCGACCUGGCGAUUAUAGCCGGAGAAUACAGCAUUAAAAUCAAAAGUUUUGAGCCUUUGACGGAUACCGAACUGGUUUUUGAAAACGAUCAGCUCAUAAAUGAUUUUGCUAUAUACUCAUUCUUAGGAGAACAUAUUUUCUUCGUUGUAGAUGUUUCGGGGAAUAUCGUGAGAAUUUUAUUAGAUGAUUAUAAGCAAACGUACGCGAUUCCCACCUUAGACAAAUUUAAAGAAUUUAAAUCAAAGAAGAUUAGCGUAGAUUGGUUAAACAAGCGACUUUUCAUUGCGGGACAGACUCUUACUGGGGACUGGCGACUCAUUUGUACAGAUUUCAAUGGAAACUUUCAGGGUACGAUAAUUAGCAAUAUAACACUACCCAUCGAGAGAUUAAAUGUAGAUCCCAUAAAUGGCUGGCUAUUUUGGGCCAAAAAUGGUAGUCUUGUUCGAACUAAUCUGGCCACUAAUUACUCAGAGCCCAUAGUUGAGAGGGACGUUGGUCACUUCUCAAAUGAUUUUCAAAGGAGACUAAUAAUAUUUUACAAUACAAGUGACCAAGAUUUGUACGAAAGCUCAUAUGAUGGGCAAUAUGUACAAAAUCUGCAGUUUAGACUAUCCAUUAAUAUCCAACGCAUUGUUAGCUUCUGGUAUAAUGGAAUUCAUAUACUAGCCACAAAUGGUACACAUCUGGGACGAGAGAACUUCAAUACAAACGAAUACGACAUAUGGACUGUAAGGGAGUUGGAAUGGUGUUGGAAUAUUUUGCCAAUGGCAAAAAAGGGACAAAAUGCGCUUAUGCAAACACAACCAGUGCAAACAACAAGCCCAGAAAAGUUGAAUGCUUUAGUAACUUCAAGUAUGGCCAAAAUAACUUGGAAUGAGCCAAAACUGGACGAAUACCAGACGGGAUAUGCUUGGAAAAAUUGGGAUUAUGAACUUGAGAUAAUGGACGUGGCAAGUAAUAGCGCCUUUAAUAUACGCAAUAUAAAGACAACAUACUUCAAUGUAGAAAAAUUACAACCGAAUAAUUUGUACAAGUUUCGUGUUCGUGUCAUUGCUGUUAGUACACUUGGCGUGUGGUCCAAAGCAUUGUUAACGCGUACUUGGCCUUUUGGGGAGUACAAAUUUCUACUGGCAAGCAUGAAUGGUGUUUACGAAAUGAAUGAGACCGGUGAACAUGUAGAGCAGGUCGGUCAAAUGGAAAACGUUCAAGAUUUUAUGCAGUUGAAUGCCACAAUGUACUACAUUUCUGAGCACAAUCGCUUGCAAUGUGCGAACAUCAUGAAUCCUGAGAUAACUUGCUCAUUUAUAGCCACAAAUGCAGUGAGCUUUGCAUAUGAGUGGCGUGGUGGCAAGAUGUAUUGGGUAGAUACGCUGAGAAACUGUGUGAUGAGAGCGAACUUAGAUGGCAGUCAACGUGAGUUGCUAUCCAUAUUCGAUGCACAACGUAUCGCAGUUGAUGUAUACAACGGACAUAUCUACUACUCGACAGGAAUGAGAUUAGUGAGACGCUCUUUGGGCGACACUCUUGACACGGACGAAUAUGAAUAUUACCAUGUCAGCACAGACAACGAUGAGAUACGGGGUUUCGCCUUGGAUGUAAUAGGAAAACGCCUCUUUUGGGUUGUGCGUAGAGGCGAUGGGGAGGUUAACUUAUUCAGAACAAGCACCGAUGUGGCUGCAGAUGAUUUACAAUAUAAAAUCUUAGAAAAUGACAUUCGAAAGGAUUCAUUAAAAUAUUUACAUGAAAUUGAUAGUAUCAUGUGGUUAAAAUUAAAUUCGAAUGCAAUUAUUUUCGCAAGAACAAGCAAUUUAACUAACCAAGUUCAGAUUCAACUAUCCCAGCUAAGCAAAAUUAAUUGCAUUACUCUGCGGCCUGAUUAUAUACCCACUUAUGACCAUUCAGUUGUCCCUGAAGCCGUUGAUAGUAAAAGUAUCCACAUCAAUCAAGCACACACAGACGAAUUUAUCAUUAAAUGGCAAGCAGUAAAUUCUUUAGAAAAUCAUACAAUAUUUUACAACGUACUUUUACAAUAUAAUGAUUCUAAUAGCAAAAAAGACAUCAUUUUCAAAACGAACGAUUCGUUUUUAAGAAUAGGUGAAACUCUUGUUCUACAACCAAAUUUUAAUAUUUCCAUAACACCAUCCACGUACUGGAGCAUAGGCCCAGCCACCCGUGUGCAACUUCUUGCACCUACUACUAAUUUAGCCCCGCCUAAGCAAAUGCGAGUUUUUGUUCAACAUUUUAUAGAUCCACUUGAAACAAACUCCAACAUUAGCGCAAUUGUGCGGUGGAAUGCUCCUGAAAAUAAAAGACCCUAUACUGAAUUAAGCUAUAAAAUAUACUGCUGGCUUGGAGAUAAGCUGCACGACGAAAAAAUAUAUAAUUCAAGUAACAAAGAAGUCUUCGAAACAACAAUAGAUGGCUUACAGGUUGGGGAGACGUAUAUCUUCGAAGUACAGUCUUUCAUGCCAGGGUUUUUAAAAGGAAGCCAACGGAGCACUUUUCAAAUUCAUAUCAAUUCAGAUCCUCAAUCCAAACCAGCAUUUCUUUAUGCUACAAGUGAAUUUAUUGCUGAAUAUGAUUUGGACUUGAAUAUGCAUAAUGUAUUAAUACAUACAAACAGUCAAGUAGAACAUAUGGCAGUUGUACAGAGUGAGAGACGUGUUUUGUGGGUCAAUGAAAAUGUAGAGCUUAUUUCUCUUACAGCAGGUUUUAAGCCAAUCAAGUUGGUAAGAAUGCGAGCCGACGUACUAUCUAUGACCGUCAACUGGAUUCAGCGAACAGUAUACUGGGCCGAAUUAGAAACAGAAGAUGAGUAUUCUGUCUCAAUAUAUGAACUAGAUUUGUGCCAGUUCGAAGGUAAAGUAAUGACCCCAAAUAAAAUAUUUUCACUCGAACGAGGGAAGACCGUAAAAGACCUUAUGAUUUUACCUUUCUCAAAUAUUCUUAUUUGGUUAGAGUUUGACACAAAAGCGAAUAUUUAUUCACUUGAGGGGCACAUUCUGUGUAAUUCCACAUUCAUAUCGUUAAAAAAUUCAAAAUUUCACAAAAUGUUUGCUGAUUCUUCAUUGCCAGAAUUGGAGACGGUUAAUCUUAUAGAUAACAAUGGUAGCAUUUGUACCUAUGACAUUCAAAGGCGUUUAUGCAUGUCUCAAAACUCAAUACUUUCAUAUACCUCAAAAGGAACAAGCCAAAUUGACCGAGAUAAUAGCUACAUCUACGUGUUGCAAAACGAAAGUAUUUACGCUUACAGUGCACGAAAACAAAACUUGGAAUAUCAAAUAAACAAUACGGAUAUUAAAAAUAUCAAGGCGUAUAACUACCAACACUAUCCAGAGUACGAAUGCCUUCUUCCGGAUUACGAUAUGCUUUUACAAAAUAAGAACUUGUUAAAACCACAGAUCAUUGAUGUGGGUGAAAGUUAUAUGGCUAUGAUUUUCCCACAAGUAAAAGACAGGGAGAAAUGCAAGUUGAAAAUUCCAGGCUUAAAAUAUACCAUAUUGAUUACAGAUAAUAGCAAAGUGUCGCGCAGUUAUUCAACCUUCGAAAAAAGUCUAAAUUUAACAGACCUUAUGCCGUUUACAAAGUACACGAUUCAACUGGCCUUAUCAUCGUACUAUCAAAGAAAACUAAAAUUAGAUGAAUGGUAUUCUGAGGUUAUGACAGUACGUACAGGCGUCGGCACACCAUCUGUACCUCUUAAUUUCACUGCGUAUGCUAUAAAUCCAGCUCAAAUUUAUGUCAUGUGGAAUGUACCUGAGGAACCUAACUGCGAUAAAGUGUGGUAUAAGUUACACUGGCAAGAAAAGAACUCUGAUUCAGAUGCUCAGAAGCGAUUGAACAAUUUGAAUUUUUUUCUUACGAAUUUAGAACCUUCACAGGAGUAUAAAUUGUGGUUGGAUGUUUUCUCUACAGAAAAAAAAUUUAAUACAACGCCGUCGGUUAUUGUAAGGACUUUUGAAACUCCUUCUCGGCUAUUGCUAGUGAAAAAGACAGCCUAUAAUUUGACAUUGAGUUGGGUUACUUCUUCUGACGUAACUAGGGCAGUUUUGGCAUGUCAAGAAGUAAACGGGGAAAAUGAGUUCAGUAUUGAUAUUACGGAAAACUCUUCCGUAAUAGUUGUGCCAGAAUUAAAGCCGAAAACUAAAUAUGAAUUUGUUCUUGAAAUAUUUUACGCAACCCUAGUAGAUCCCUAUAUAUGGCCAGAAGUGCCAAACGAGCACUUUGUGUAUGAAACACUGGGUGACUUUCCAGGACGACCCGGCCAGCCACAAGUUGAACAUACGAUAGGCGACGUUUUUAGAAUAUUUUGGGAAGCUGCUCCAGGUAAUGGGGAACCAAUAUCGGAGUAUUCCUUGGAGGCAUUACAAGCUCGUAGUACUAAACGCAUAAGACGAAGUCAAUUGACAUACCCAGACUAUAUGAACGGCUCCAUAACAAGUCACAGCCAAACACUUUGGGCGGAAGAACCGAGUCCGAUUGAAGAUAAAUGGAUAGUUACGUGUAAUACCACCGAACUAAGCUGCAUAAUUCGAGAAAUAUACAUACUAAGGCUGUUAAUGUUUCGGGUGCGCGCGCGAAAUGAAUUAUAUGGUUGGGGACCAUAUAGCAUGGAUAGUGAACGAAUUUUAGAGCCAUUUGUAUCCCCCGAAAAAAGAGACUCAUUAGUGUUGGCAAUCAUAACUCCGGCAGCGAUUGUUUCCAUAUUUGUACUCAUUUUAGUUCUAUUAAGAGCAUUGCAUGUAAGAAGACAAAAGGCAAAAAAGUUGCUUGAAAAGAGCCGCCCAAGUAUAUGGAGCAACAUAUCAACACUGCAGCACCAGCAACUCAUGGCAUCGCAUAAUAGAGCUUUUUCCACCACAAGUCAUUCUACAUUGUACAUUGGAGGGCCUUUAAGUGAUGCUGAUAUCGCCUUAUUGCCCCAACUCCACUGGAAUCAAAUAACAAUAUUGAAUUUUUUGGGAAGUGGCGCUUUUGGCGAAGUGUACGAAGGUCUAAUAAAACAUCAAAACUGCGACCAACAGGAAAAAGUAGCAAUUAAAAGUCUGAGAAAGGGUGCCAGCGAAUUUGCAGAGCUCUUGCAGAAAGCUCAACUAAUGAACAAUUUCAAACAUGAAAAUAUUGUCCGACUUAUUGGAAUCUGCUUCGAUACCGAGUCGAUAUCUGUAGUCAUGGAGCACAUGGAGGGAGGAGACUUACUGCGUUAUUUACGCGAUUCACGACCUAACUCAAACAGGUCCGUUGCUUCUCUGCACUUGAUAGAUCUAACCUCCAUGUGCAUUGAUGUUUGUAAAGGAUGCAGCUACCUAGAAGAUAUGCAUUUCGUACAUCGUGAUCUCGCUUGCCGUAACUGCUUAGUAUCUUCUUAUGACACAAGUAAACGUAUUGUAAAAAUUGGUGACUUUGGCUUAGCUUGCGAUAUUUACAAGAGCGAUUACUAUAGCAAAGAAAGCGAAGGUCUUUUGCCAGUCAAAUGGAUGGCUCCAGAAAGCCUAAGUGAUGGCGUUUUCACAACACAAUCUGACGUGUGGGCUUUUGCUGUACUCUGUUGGGAGAUAUUUACUUUCGGUCAACAGCCAUAUGCCGGGAGGAAUAACUACGAAGCUCUAAAUUAUGUAAAGGACGGAGGAAGACUAGAAAAACCCAAAAAUUGCCCAGAUAAACUGUUUUCACUGUUCUUACAGUGCUGGAGUAACAAGCCAGAUGAUCGCCCAUCGUUUGGAAAAUGUCUCAUUCAACUAAUUGGAAUUAAAACGGAACUAAGGCGAAUUAAUUUAGGAUUCGCCGUUGAUAAUGCAGACUGCGCUUUAUACGCUAAUCAGACUGAAAAUCAUUUCACCACAUUUCAACUGAACACAUUUCCAAUGACGAAAACGCACGAUGUCCCUGUCGAAACGACAUAUUGCCAAAAAGACUCGCAGGACUCGGAAAACUUAUCGGCACAAUUAGAAACAUUUUACCAAGAUGUUGAUAUAGAAACCAUAUCCGAUGAUUCUCAGCUAAUUUAUUCAGAAAUGGAAAAAAUUAAUAUUGACACCAGCCCUCAUAUGAAUGAAGCUAUAUCAAGAUUGUAAUAAAAACCCGUCCAAGCCUUUUGUAUGCAUGUUUGUACGUAAACAUAUUAAAAUUAAUAUAUUUUAUAAUCAUUAAAGGAU